GUUAUGUCCGUUCCGUAUGUUUUCUGUGUAUAAUUUCUUGGUGUUUUUGUCAAUUAUUUUUUAUAAAGAAAAGUAAACUAUCAAAUUGUUUUCAAAAAAAUAGAUUCAGCGAGUCAUGACAAACAAACAUUUAAAACAAUCUAAAAUGGAACCCAAAUCUAAUAGAAGAGUAGAGAAGUUUGCCUACAAGCCAAGGUCCCAUUUUAAAGAUAGAAAGUCGAGAGUUGACCCUAAGUGUCAAGAAGCAACUCCAGAGUUGAUGAGAAUAGAAAUUGAUCAGACAUUCAAAGAGUUUUUGGAUGACCCUGAUAAAUUGGAAUAUAUUUUUCCCUCAGAUUUGAACAAUUUGCAGCGUAAAUAUAUUCACCACAAAGCCCAAGAGAUGAAUAUUAUUUCCAAGUCUUAUGGCAAAGAGCCAAAUCGCCAACUUCAUAUAAAAAAACGAAACAAGCAAUUGGGGUAUCAGUAUUUCAUGGUUCAACCAUGUGGUAUGACUGAACAGUGCUUAGAAGAAUUCCCUCAAUCACUAAAACACAGGAAAACGACUGCUUAUCAAUCCAACAACGCAGAUAAAUUCUUCUCUGGCAGAUUAGCAAAUGGACCUCCAACUGUGCCUUCCUUCCCUAAAUAUGAUAGAGAAGUUUCAGAAAUUCGUAUCAACUUGCCAAUCUUUGAGAAAAGGCAAGAAAUCCUGGAUGCUAUAAAUGCCAAUCAGAUAGUAGUCAUUUCUUCUGAAACUGGUUCUGGCAAAACAACUCAGGUGCCUCAAUAUAUCUUGGAAGAAAUGGCUAGUAGCUUACUACCUUGCAAGAUUAUCUGUACCCAACCUAGGAGAAUAUCUACAAUCUCAGCUGCAGAAAGGGUAUCAUAUGAAAGAGGGACAACUUUGGGCACAUCUGUUGGAUACCAUAUCAGACUUGAACAAAAGUAUGGGAUCAACACAAAUCUCAUUUACUGCACUACAGGAGUUUUUUUGAGAAAUCUGAUGUGCGGACCGCACGGAUUGAAGAACAUAUCACACAUAAUUCUAGAUGAAAUACAUGAAAGGGACAAGCUCACCGAUUUCCUUCUUAUAUGCUUGAAACAAGCUUUACCCAUGUAUCCUAAUCUAAAGAUCAUUCUCAUGUCUGCUACUGUUAAUAUAGACAAGUUCUUGAAUUACUUUGGUGGUGGCACAGUUUUAUCUAUACCGGGAAGACAGUUUUCUAUAGAUGUCAUCUCUUUGGAACAGAUUUUAGUUUUUACUAAGUAUAUGUCUCCUAAAAUGAGAGAACAAAAGGCAAAAUCAACUGAAAAGAAACCUGAACUGAUACAACCCAAUGUAGCAAUUGAAGAAAACCUUGAGGACCCACUGAUGGAUGAAGCCCUGGAUGAUUAUUUAAAUUUCAGUGAGAAUUAUGACUAUAAGAUUCAUUAUGAAGAGGCUACUGCUCAACUUGGAGUCUUUUUUUAUCUGAAGGAGUAUCGAUAGAUUACCAACAUUCAAAGACUGGUGUAACUGCUCUCAUGAUUGCUGCAUACUUGGGUGAUAAAGAGUUCAUCACUAGGUUGUGCAAUAUGGGUGCAAACAUGGACCUGGCUGACAAAAUGGGAAAGAGUGUUUUUGAUUAUGCUCAGGACUCCACUGAAACUAUGCGCUUACUGGAAUACAUCAAAAAUAGUAAGGAACACAUACCUGAGAUGCAGAAUUCUAAGUAUGAUGUCAAAGAGGCAAUGGAACUGCUCCAGUUAUACGAUAAAACUACAUCUGAUGACUGUAUUGAUUAUGAUCUAAUUGUGAAGAUCAUACAAAACAUCCACACCACCAAUCAGGAAGGUGGUAUCCUGGUUUUCCUGCCUGGAUACGACGAGAUAAUGCUGUGUAACGAUAGAUUAGCUACAGUUCCAAUGCAAGAGGGGACGUACAAGGUAUACUUUUUGCAUGGUUCGAUGAAUAUGAAGACGCAACAGGACGUUUUCAAGAAGACUAACGGUCAACGGAAGAUAAUCUUGUCUACGAAUAUCGCUGAAACCAGCAUCACCAUCGACGACGUUGUCUUUGUGGUUGACACUGGGAAGGCUAAAGAAAAGUGCUACGAUUCGUACAACAAAGUGUCGUCUCUACAAACCCAUUGGAUUUCCCAAGCAUGUGCAAAACAACGAAUGGGUAGAGCGGGUAGAACUAGACCCGGUUUAUGUUUUAGACUGUAUUCUCAACAGCGGUACGAGAGUAUGGAGGAAGAAAGGGUUCCAGAAAUAUUGAGAGUUUCCUUAGAGGAACUAUGCCUGCACACAAAGGUCCUCGCCCCCGAGGGCACUUCAAUCCACUCGUUCCUCACUAGUGCCCCUGACCCACCUUCUGCCAACUCCAUCAAGGUUGCCAUCGAAAAUUUGCAGUUCCUGGGCGCGUUGGACAAAGAGGAGGACCUCACCAGCCUCGGCGAAUACCUGGCGCAGCUCAGCAUUGAGCCUCACUUAGGGAAGAUGCUGCUGUAUGGAGUGAUCUUUAGGUGCUUGGACCCUGUAUUGACGUUGGCGGCUGCCAUGGCGCACAAAGAUCCUUUCCAGCUACCGCCUCAGGCAAAUUUAAAAACACAUGCUGCCGAAAAAAGAAAGGAGCUCAUACAAGACAUAACGAGUGAUCAUGUGCUGUACCUGCAAGUGUUCAAAAAAUGGCAGGAAAGUUGUUGCAAUGGCAGAGUGCAUGCUUUUUGCAACCAAUAUUACAUAAGCCACCCUACGAUGAACUCCAUACUGGAGACCCGCAGCCAGCUUUUGGGACAGCUGAGAUCCAUCCGAUUUGUACACCAGUCUAGUUCGGUGGAACAGUAUAACCGACAUGCUGACUGUUGGCCGCUAAUCAAAGCCAUCAUCUGUACAGGGUGCUAUCCAAACUUGGCGUUUCCUCUCAAGAAUAGCUUGGCUACCAGGACCGAGAAGAAGGUGAACGUGCAAGCGAGCAGCGCAUGCAAUAGCAAAACGAUCUCAACUUGGCUAGUCUUCGACGAGAUGAUCAAGCAUCGGAAUCAUCUGUUGAUCAGAGGAAACUCCGCUGUGACCACAAUGACAGUUGCUUUGAUGUGCGGUAACGACAUCAUUACCCCCACUGCUACUACGUUGAGCAUCGACGAUUGGUUGGAAUUCGAGUUCCCAAAGCCGGUCUACGUUACUUUCAGGCAGUCAUUGGAACAUCUAAUAAAUAGCGUACUGAUUGACCCACCACACAACUAUACAUCAUUUGACAACAUGUUGGUCGACACAUUGAGAAACAUUUUGGAUGCAGAAGAAAUCGAGGCUGACUUAAAGGUUCCGGAAAGUGUUGGACGCCGACCGAAAUUCUUUUGUCCUCAAACCGGUGUCGUGAGUCCUUCAGCAGAACAUUGGAGGGAAAGGAAUGGUCGUCACGUGAGAGGUGGGCGCGGUGGAAGAGGAGGAAGAGGAGUUUACCCACCACCACAUUUGCAGAGAUAUCCUCCUAAACAGCAUCAACAAUACCGCGGGCCUGAAAGCGAUAAGCCGAGUACAAGCUAUUCCAGACCCAUGUGCAACUCGAUGGAUGCUUUGCAAAUAUCAUCAGCUUCCUUACCUAGCCCAUCAGAUAGACUUCUAAACGGUAUAGUGGGGAACAACUGUUCGACACCAAGAGAAACUGGAAGCAGUAGAUCCGUAGGUCAGAAUAACUGGUCGGUAUCAAGUGAAGCUGGAAGCAGUAGAUCCGUAGCUCAAAAUAAUUGGUGGUCGGCAGGUUCUGGAUCCUCGGCUGGACCUAGCAGGUACUAUUCCCCGGAACGAUUUGGAGAUUAUCAAGACGACAAUAUAUUUAUACUUAUUAAACCUAAGCAGCGAAAAAAUGUAGAGAUAGCGCAAUGGUCCUUAAAGUGGAUUUUUGCUCCACAGACUGAGAAGAAAAUAUUAUAUUAUAGUAGUUUAAGAAAACCUGUCUACCUGGUAUUCACAGUGUACAAUACGUUUGCCUUCCAAGGAGUGGCUCGCUACUUGAAUAUUUUCAGCGAACCGUCGGGAAAGCCAACGGCUCAAAUUGAGUGGAUCUACAAAAUGGAUUUGCCUCAUUUGAAUGUCAGGCAUCUAAGGAAUCCUUACAACGAUAGCAAGCCAAUCUUCGAUGGCCUGGAUGGCCAAGUGAUCAAAGAAGACGUAGCAGAGGAGCUUAUGCGAAUUUAUCAAGGUGCAGUGCAAUCAGUGGCAACACUACCCAAUUCUAGCAGAUGCUAAUUUUUAUAUGCUACACAGACUGCGCUUGUGGUAUACCAAAAUAGAUACGUACAAUAUAACCGAUUUUUUAACACAUAUGAAAUAUUUGCUGCACUUUUUUAUUCUUCCUAUGAUUUUCUUUUUACUGGCUGAUACAAGAUAAUGACACUCGGUGGGAAUUGUUCAAAAACAGUGAAGGUAAUAAAAAUGGCAAAUGUGAAAAAGGAAGGAUUAAUGGAGAAGACAUUGAUUUUAAAUUGCAUAAUUGGAUUCUUUAAAAUUUACCAUUGAAUAACAGUGACAUCCAUAUAAUUUCGUACUUCCAAAUAUUUCCAUUAACAGAAGAAAAAUUCCGCCCAGACUUUUUAAGAAACUGCAUUCGUUUUUGACGGAGGCAUUCUCAAAGAUAUUUGAUCACCUUGUAUAGCAAGAUGUUUCAAAGUUUUAGAUAUACCUCAAAUUAUAUUUUCUGAUAUACAAAAUUGAAGAUAUUAUAGUAUAUACAUAGCAUUUUUAUCAAUCAGUUUUUACUACAUUUCAUGGAAUUUCAGAGAUUAAAUCGUCUGGAUCCCUGGCUUUUUUAGAAACAUCAUUUAGCUUUUUAAAUGUAUGAAUAUGAUUUUUUGUCUGAUAGACCCUUCCCUCACAGGGACUCCAGAAAUAUAUUGCAGUUACCUCACGUCGCCAUGUUAAAUUUACUGGACUGUUUUCAGAAAGGGAAUAAAAAUAACGGUUCCCUAUCACCUACUCCAUGUGUAUGUACAAGAGCGAGUAGCAUUUGCGUUAACAAUCGGCUUGCACGUUGUUCAACUUCCUUUAGAGAAAUUAACCCUCGCACAGUUGCUAAGUUUCUUUACUUAUUUUGUAUCACAUUAUGAGGUAACGGCCAAAAAGAGUAAAAGAACUACAGUUUAAUUUGGCUACGGAUGCUUGCGACGUCGCCAUGGCCUUUGGAGUCUCGGUGAGGGAGAGUUUUUAAUGAAUGCCUAGAAAUAUUGUUACUAAUGAGAUAAUGAAUUUUUUUGGUAUACUCGCAACACAGUUUUUAUUGUGAACUGUUUUUAGUGAGAAAUAUUUGUGUGAUAACUUAUUUAAAAUGAUAAGUUAUUUGAUGUAAUUGAUAGUUAUCAUAGUUAUAGGUUAUUUUUAUCGAUUUGUGUAUUUAGUAUUCUCAAAUUAAUUAUUAUUGAUAUAAUCCACUCUUCUUGAUAUGUCCAAACUUUAUUUCACAGUUUUCAUAUAUUUAUCUGGGGUUAUAUAAUGCAAGCCUUAUCCAUUUUUAGGUUUAGGUGUUUUUGACUCUAAAAUGCCAUCAAUAGAUGCAUUGUAUUUGACUUUUUAUGGAAUAAUUUUUGAAACUUACAAAUUCUUGGUACUUAAUUUCAAUUCAUUACACUGCUGAUUUGUUGUACAUUUUAUUGUGAUCUAGUAAUAAAGUUUGACAUAUCAGAUUGUGGGGUUUAGUAUUAAGUUGAUAUUUUGAUCUGCUUUCUGUAUCAUCCAUAUUUUUAUUCAGGUUCAUAAUGAAUCAUUUUGUGACUUAGGUUUAAGAGAUUUGAAAAAUCAAUUUGUGUAUUUGUUCAUCAAUUCAUUGAUCAUCAAUUAAUAAAGACUGUCAGAGCAA